ACCACCAUGGGAGAAGAGGCAAGACUCGCAGCACCCUGAUGCUGAUUUACAGCAGCGUGGCUGUCCAUGCUCCAAAAGAGCAGCUUCUCUCCCGAGUAGAGGCAGACAUCACAGGGAACAUCCUUCUCCAUUACAGAGCCAGUUGUCAGGUGCUGGGCAUCACUGUUGUAAACAAGGACAUGAACCUAAAAUUAACCCUCAUCCACAAUGUCAUGGAGAUUAGCUGUGCCAUCUUGGAGACCAGAGACUCCCAAGAGUUCGAAUUCUCAUACAAACUGGAGCUCCUUGGCUACAUGCUGGACUUCAUUAAAAACGAACCACUGGAUUCCCUGGCAUCUCCAGUUCGCUACAAGGCAAUUCUUGCUAUUGAACAUCUGAGGUAG